AUGCCCUCCCCGAAAACCGUGACCUCACUCCUCUUUGGCGCGGCCGCGGCGCAGAACGCGAGUGUGGACGUGGGCUGGCAUGCGCCGCGGAAGAGCUGGAUCAAUGACCUCGACCAAGUGUUGAAUGGAACCGGGACGCAUGGGCUUGUGUUUAACAGCUCGCAACUGCCUGAUGGGACGGCGUAUGGCGCGUACAAUUGGUGCAAUAUGCCGCAUGUUAGAGUGCAGGAGUAUCCGCGGGUGGGGGAGGGGUUUGAGUUGAAAUACGUCGAGGUAAUUCACCGCCAUCACAAGAGGACGCCGUAUGCGUCGAAUACGUUCCCCGAGGAGGCGUACGGGUGGGAGUGUGACGACCAGGGCUUGUUUUACUAUGGCCAGCCUCUGGAUCCGGCGGGGAACGCAUCAAGCCAAACGUACUGGAGCGUGUACACGGACGCCGCGAACCCCUUCGCGCAGACCGGCUUCAAGGGCAGCUGCCAGUUCCCGCAGAUCACGCGCGGCGGGCUCGACGACUCGUGGCAGCACGGCCGCGACCUGUGGGGCGUGUACCACGACCUCCUCGGCUUCCUGCCGGACGACCUCACCGAUAGAAUAUCCUUCCGCGUCACAAACAACCAGAUCACGUCCCAGGUCGCCGGCAUGCUCGUCAGCGGCAUGUACGCCGCGCCCGCGCCCGUCCCGCUGCUCGUCCAACCCCCCGGCAUCGAUUCCCUGGAACCCCAGUACCCGUGCCCCGCGGCCGCGCGCCUCGCGGGCUCCUACGGCGUCGGCAGCUCCGCCGCAAACUGGACCGCGCACCUCUCCCGCGCCGCCCCGCUCCUCGCCGCCCUCGACGCCGUGUCCGGCGUCCCCCCGUCCGCGCCCGACUGGCACAAGUCGCUCGACCACUACUACGACAACCUGUCCGCGCGCCAGUGCCACGCCAAGCCGCUGCCGUGCAGCCCCGGCAACGCAUCGCUCUGCGUGACUCAAGCGCAGGCCGACGCCGUCUACCGCCUCGGCCAGUACGAGUACUCCUUCCUGCACCGCGACGCGCCGCAGUCCCUCCGCGCCGCGGCAGGCGCCUACGGUGUGUUCCUCGCCGAACUGGCCGCACAUAUCCGCGCCGCCGUCGCCGGAGCGAGUCCCGCGCUGUACCGCCACAACGUCGCGCACGACGGGUCCGUGGCGCGGCUCCUCAGCAUCCUGCAGGUCGAGACGAUGGUGUGGGUCGGCAUGGGCGCAGAGGUCGUGUUCGAGGUGUACGAGCGCACGGCGGGCGGGGGCCACGUGCUGCGGGUGCUGUGGGGCGGGCAGGUGCUGCGCAGUUCGAGCCCCGUGCUGGGGGUGCUGGAUAUGGUCGACGUGCAGGUGUUUCUGGGGUACGUGGACGGGCUUGUCGGGCGCGGCGCGGGCGGCGUCGAGGCGUUUUGCAAGUCGUGA